AUGACCCUUGGGCCGUUGGCUCCGUACCGGCAACUUGGUGUUGGAAACAUGCUGCUCGAUUACGUAUUCUCAUUGACUGCUAAGGACCCAGCUCUAGAGAACAUAUUUCUGCAUGUGCAAACGAGCAACGAAACUGCUCUUAACUUCUAUAAGAAUAGAGGAUUUGAACAGGCUGGAGUGGUAGAGAACUAUUAUAAGCACGUCGAACCAAAAGACGCUUUUAUUCUAGUCAAGAAGGUCAAGUCGUGA